GCAUAGUUGAAAUCAUGAGAUAGUUGUCCAGAAACUUCAAACUCUUCGAUGCAUGAUGGUUGAACUACUAAUAAGUCGACAUCGUCACGUAUUUCUACUCCUGUUCAUAGUCUGUUCUGUAAUAACCACUGUUUAUGGAUACGGGGCAUAUCGAGAUCAAAUACCUAACGGAAAUAAUGUACCACAUCCUUGUAAACCCAAUUACAAGUGGAAUGGAGUUGGACAUAAAAACGUAGACGGUGGUGGAAACAGGAAUCCAUUUGGUGUAGAUUUUGCCGCUGCCAAUAAAGAAUGGACUACGGAUUUCUGUCAGAAAGAUUCUGAUGGUGAUGGAAAAUCAAAUGGAGAAGAACUCGGUGAUCCAAAGUGUGAGUGGACUGCUGGUGGUGUACCUUCCAGUACCGAAAAUCUAUCACAUCCCGGUGUCUGUGAACCUGUGGAUGAUGUAAAAUGUAAAGAACAAUCAGACUGGGUAAAUGAAGCAUGUGAAUAUGAUACUUUUGACUGUACUGGUAUUAAAGAACAGGGAGUCAAACAGAUGAGCUUUAGGUUCCCACCAACACCUGUACCGGCUAAAGAAACAACAUAUAUGUGUAUGGAAUUUGAGCUGGAUGUAAGUGAUGACUUUCAUUUGAUAGCAACUGAACCCAUCAUAAAUAACACCAAUGUUAUGCACCACGCCGUAGUUUUUGGAUGCAAAGAUGGAAUUCGAGACUACUUAUAUAAUUUCACACACGAAUGUGGCAUGGUAGCUAGUAGAAAAUGUUCCCAGAUUUUAAGUAUUUGGACUUUGGGGAGCUCUGGAGAGUGUUUCCAUGAUCAAGUUGGUUUUAGACUUGGGAGUAAUGGAUAUAAGCGAGUUGCCCUGCAGUUCCAUUGGAAUAAUCCCGGUUUAGUUGAUAAUUAUAUUGAUGAAUCUGGUAUGAUAUUAUAUUAUACUGCUAAUAAACGAGAAAAUGAUGCUGGUAUUUUAACUAUUGGAGCUGAUUAUUUAAACAUUCCACCUUUAACUGCUUCAACUGAACAGACCUCAGUAUGUCCUGGUUCCUGUUCCAAAAAUUUUAUGAUUGGUACAAUUUAUGUGGUUUCAGCCUUCAAUCACAUGCACUAUUUAGGUAAAUCUCAGAAGAUAGAAUUAUUUCGAAAUGGUGUUAAAAUACAAGAUAUAACUAAUGAUCCCGUAUAUAAUUAUGAUAGUCCAAUUAUUCAUGAGCUGUCACCAAUCAUAGAGGUUCGACCUGGAGAUACACUAUCCACAACAUGUACUUUCGAUUCACGAUCCAGGAACACUACCACCUAUUUCGGGGAUGCUACCAGUGCUGAAAUGUGUUAUGGAUUUAUAACAUAUUACCCGAAGGAAAAUGUAGACAAGGAAUUCUGUACUGCUUGGGAAACUCUUCCCAAUUGUUUCCUCGAAGGUGAUCUUGAUGAGGACACUAAAUUCUUUUACAAAGGAUGCAACGCCUACACGUUCAGAAGAUUGGGAAAUGUUGAUGGCUUUAAUUUUACAAUAUUAUCCAGUACUUGUAUAGGCGGUUGUCCAACAGAGUGUAAGGCCUACCUUGACACUAUGUUUGAACAUCCAUGCAUGAUCGAAGAGCAAUUACGUUCUUAUCUUUUGCAAUUUUGGCAAAUGUAUAAAUAUAACAUCAUCACUGACUUGUUUAAGGUCUGCUAUCCCGAUGGAUUACCACCUUUACCGACUACAAUUACUCAAAGUACCACUGUGGCCUCUACCAAGAGUGUCCCAACUGAUCCUAAUGAAAGUUCUUCUGGUGAUCCUUCAAAGGUUGACCUAACUGAUCCUACCAAGAGUGUCCCAACUGAUCCUACUGAAAGUUCAUCUGGUGAUCCUUCAAAGUUUGACCAAACUGAUCCUACCAAGAGUGUCCCAACUGAUCCUAAUGAAAGUUCUUCUGGUGAUCCUUCAAAGGUUGACCAAACUGAUCCUACCAAGAGUGUCCCAACUGAUCCUACUGAAAGUUCCUCUGGUGAUCCCUCAAAAAAUGACCAUACUGAUCCUACCAAGAGUGCUUCUGGUGACUCGGUUGAUGUUACCGACAGCACAGUUGCUGGCAACAAUGCUAGUACUAUCUCUUCUGUUAAUGAUACGAAAAGUACGCCUGAGAGCAACACCGAUGGCAAGAAUAAAACUUGUGUCAAUAGGCCAACAAGCAUUACUGCUCUAAUUAUAAUAAUUGGCAUUUCGUUGGUUUUCAAACUCUAAUGAGAGAAUUGUUUUGAUAAAACUGCUUUUUAAUUGUUGUAUCAUUUGGCUUUAUUUGUUUAUUAAAAGUUGUUACUAUUACAUGGACAGGGCCAAAUAUAUAUCUAUAUUGUUGAUGGUACUGAAAUAGAAUUUUUGUUUGCAAACGAAAAUUUAUGCUUAAAACUAAAAUUAAAGCAUGAAAAAGUAUGCGAUUAAAUUUUUCCAUCUUAAAGGGACAUUCCUCAAUUUUUGUAGUUCAAAAAUUCUUUUCGGCUCAAAUUUGUGUAAACUAUGCACCAAAAUCUAGAGAAAAUUAAAUGUGCCCUUUAUCGUAUCUGAAAGUGAAAGUUUUAACUAAAAAAUCCAGUCGUAAUUUGUUAAACGCCAAAAAUAUGUAAAAAUAGUACGUAGAGUUUAUAGUUUCAAAAUAACUACUGUACGGAUUUGCGUAAAAUAAAAUACCAAUUGUACUGAAAUAUGUCUCCUACGUAUUUUACAGAUUUCAACUAAUAAUAUCCAGCCGAAACCGAAACUGAUUAAUUAACAAUUAGUACUCUCCGUUUUUAAUUAACCCUUUUAAAACAAAUACAGUUUUAUCAAGAAAAUAAGCAGAUAUAAAUAGCAUACUUUAAGGUAUAAUUUACUACGUUUUUGAUAAUGAAAACUUUUACAAAAAGGGGAGUACCCCUUUAAAUAAACCAUUUUUUUUUGGUCCCUGAUAAUAUGUAAGUUUAUUUUGUAUUUUGAGCAGUCAAGUUUUUUUCUUUAAUACAUAAGGAGUUAUUUGUUUAUAGUUAAUCAUCACUUGAGAACGUUACCUGUAUGUGUAAUGAAACGUUGUGUUUAAAUAAUCAAUAAAAGUCUAUAUCC